AGAGGGAAGACUCGGAAGUCGAGUCGGUCGGAACUAUUUCCCUAAAAAUAGUGUUUAGUCAGUUUCAGUGGAAUUUGAUUGAAGUGAGUUUAUUUUUAUGUUUAUUAUUAUUAUUCAAUUUUAUUGUUAAAAUAAUAACUAAGUAAAAACUGUAGCAUCAACGAGCAUUUAUUUACACAUAACGUUUGGAAAAUCUCAGAUAUGGGCCGGUUGGAAUUAGUUGAGAUUUUGACGGGCCACACAGGUCGAGUUUGGAAUGUGAGUUGGCAUCCGAGUGGAACUUUGAUUUCAUCUAGCGGAGAAGAUAAAACCAUCAGACUGUGGGGUCAAGAAGGAAACAGAUGGGCUUUGAAGACGAUUCUGACAGACGGGCAUCAACGAACAAUCAGAGAAUCUGCAUGGUCUCCCUGCGGAAAUUACUUGGCUUCAGCCAGUUUCGAUGCGACAACUGCCAUCUGGGACAAAAAAUCGGGACAAUUUGAAUGCAUUGCGACAUUGGAAGGUCACGAAAACGAAGUGAAAUCAGUUAGUUGGUCUGUCUCCGGACACUUCCUCGCUACAUGUAGCAGGGACAAGUCCGUGUGGAUAUGGGAGGUGGGAGAUGAAGACGAGUACGAAUGUGCCGCUGUUAUCAACGCUCACGCUCAGGACGUCAAGAGAGUAGCAUGGCAUCCACAUGUCGACUGUGUGGCUUCGGCGAGUUAUGACAAUAACGUAAAACUGUUCAAGGAAGAUCCUGCUGAUAACGAUUGGUCCUGCACGGCUACUCUGACUUCUCACGAAUCUACUGUUUGGGGGUUAGCAUUUGAUAAAACCGGAACACGUUUGGCAACUUGCAGCGAUGACAAAACUGUGAAAAUUUGGAAAGAAUAUCUUCCUGGGAAUUCCGAAGGAGUCGUUACUCCAGGCAAUGAGGCAGUGUGGAAAUGUGUGUGUACAUUAACCGGCUACCACAACCGAACUGUGUUUGACAUCUCCUGGUGUCACAAUACCGACCUCAUCGCUACUGCGUGUGCCGAUGAUGCUAUACGAGUGUUUAAAGAAGCAGUUGAUUCAGAUCCUAAUCAGCCUAAUUUCGAGCUGGUAGCUACGAUUCAUUCGGCUCACUCCCAAGACGUGAAUUCCGUUAGGUGGAAUCCAGUUAAGCCGGGAUUGUUGGCAUCUGCAAGUGAUGACAGCACCGUUAAAAUAUGGCACUUUGUUGAUUGAGUUUGAGGCGGGAACUAGUAAGGGUUAUUACUUUAUUGAUUAUAGAAGGUUACAAAGUGUAGGUUUAAGAAUAAUAUGUUCAUUUCAUCAAUAAUUAUUAUAUUUAACACACACUUGGAUAAUACUUUUGAAGUAUCACAAUGUCAACAGUUUUUUUUUCUAAAGAACAAUAUAAGGAUCACCUGUGUAGAUCAUUAAAAUUGGAGUGUUUGUUUAUUUUUAUACACAGUGUUUUUAUAUUUUAAAUAGGAGGUUUUAAAAUCAUAAAUGAACAAUCUCUAUGAAAUCUCUAUUUUUACGAGUGUUUCUUUAAUAUGACUUUUAAUUCCUGUUAAAGAUGUUAAACAUUGUUUUUGUAAAGAUGUAAUCUAGAGCAAUAGGCCUAACUCUGUUUGACCAGCUGUUCAGAAUCAUUAGCGGAAAAACAUAAAAUUGCUAAAAAUAUUGACUUUUUAAAUACAUCUUGGCUAUUAUUUCAGACAAAAGUAUCAUAGGAAAAAAAGACUCUAGUUUAAUCAUAGUAGAGUCUCAAUUAUUCAACUCGAACCAGCUGUGGCAGGGUCGUACUUUACGGAAAACCAAAUCAAAAUCUUAAGAGUUAAGACAAAGGUGGCAAAAGUACCUGUCAUACCCGGUAGGUAUGUCAGAAUACUUGCAAAUACCACACAACGUUUACAGUACUUGAUUGUCAGCAACGAGGUUUUGAUAAUACAAAAGUCGAAUAGCCAAGACUAUAAUCUUAGCCUCCUCUAAUACAAGGCCGCAGCAUUGGUCUGUGGUAACGUCAAACUGGCAUGCCUGUUGCCAUGGUAAUAUCAAGAAAAACAAACAUGUAAAAUAAACACUGCGCAGACACAACAUUACAAAUUAGUAGGGAACAGCUGUUUUGGUAUGUCUUCGGCGUUGGCACGUUUGUCUCGCAGUCAUUUUUUUUAUUAGAGGAGGCUAUGGUAUAAUUUUUAAUUUUUCAAUAACUGGAUAUGCCUAGUUAAUAUAAUGAUUUAUACUAUUGUUUUAGAUGUACCUAUUAAAUAUUUUAUACAAACUGUACAUUUGUUAGUAAAUAAACA